AUAGAUAGAUAGAUAGAUAGAUAGAUAGAUGUCUAUAUAUAUAUAUAUAUAUAUAUAUAUAUAUCUAUCACAGAAAUUUGCUUUACGGUUAUUGUGCUGCUUUGAGUGUAUGCCAUUUAAGGAAUCAUUUAUCUCUUCUAAUCUUUGACCAUCAUAGACUGAAUAAAAUUCUGUUGUCAACUUUUUUGAAUACUAUUAAAAGUUAUUUUAAAUCUGUUGAGAUAUUUUAUCCUUUAUAACACAAUUUGUAUGUGCUUGUAAAUCUACAGGUUUAAAAUAAUAAAUCUAAAAUGUAUUAAUCUCAAAAUUAUUGUAUUAAGUUUGAGAUGUUAAUAACAUUUCUUUUUAACUAUGGAAAAUUGGAUAUUAUUAACAUUUAGAUAAUUAACGUUAGCUCAUGAUUAUGUUUCUUUGCGAUCUCGUUAUAAAUUGUGUGUAUAGAUUAGGUUGUUUGUUUUGUUAUGGUUUGUAGUAGUGCCACCUGAGGUUAUGUGCCAUGAAAAUAGGCCCUUGCCUGUGAUCUGAUUCAACAGAUUAGCAUAUGGUGUAAUGUGAAGAUCUCGCCAGAAGAGGGUGCUAAGUCAUGUAUAAUUUUUAACCCUCCUAUGAAGACGUCACUGCUUAUCAAGGAGACCUUUGACCCGGACUCUACUUAGCUCUUUGUGUCUUAUUAUCUCUGCUAAUUAUUCCCGUUCAAGACAAGGGGCCAUCAGUAAUUAAAUGUAAAACUAUUAUAUCUGACAACGUGGAUAAAUCCCUCCUGCCCACUGCACUCGUUUUUGAGGGGAGGUGAAUGCUUUUAUACCAGACUCUGUAGUUGAGGUGUAAAGAUGUCCAUUCUAUGGAACUAGUAAAUAUGAAAUGGUUUAAUUAAUCCUAAAUAGUUGUCAUUACAAUACAUUACUUCUCCACACUAUGUUCUAAAUAUGUUCAUGUAAUUAAUUCAUUCAAUUCAUCUAUUUAACUUAAAAACAAGGGUAAGUGUGUUGUGUGCUUGGGGAAAGUCCAUGGUUUUGUGUAGUUGGUGGUAAAAAAAUUGACCUCAGGUGGAUUUACAGUCAACUGUUUGUGACUACAAGAUGAAAGGAAAUCAAGCAGUGAGCACCUCUACACUGUCUUCACAAGCAUGUGACAUUUCAGGAGGUACUGUUAAGAUCCCACCCACUGAUAAAUGUGGGACCUAAGAGGCUGUCGUUUUUUGCUGCCGGAUUGUCUUGACUGUAAUGGGAAUAAACACUACUUUAUUCAAGUUUUUCUGUGAGAUAAGAGAUUAUUUACAUCGAGUCAAAUUUAAGACAGAGACUUCACUAGCAUUAUUUUUUUGUUUUGGGGAGGAAAUGAGCACCGUUUAAUAAAAAUACAUUGACCACCUGUUCUUUAUUGUCACCCUUUGCAACGGUACACCCAUGUGGCCUUUCCUGCUUUCUUUAUUCUCCUUUUCCAUUCUUCUGUCUUGCACCUGUUUAUGUAUAUUUCACUCGAGAGAACAUCCUGUCCCUCUUCACAAUCAAGAAACAAAACCAAAAGGUGCCAACAAAUAGCCGUGAUCUUUUUGAGGACAAAGAACGACAUGGUGACAAACAUUGUAGGUUGGCCCUGUAUCAUCCCACACUUUUCCAGUGGUCCACUUAGCACUGCCCUGCUGUUACUAUUCACCAUCAUGUUGCGCCACCCACCUUUGUUUUGUCUAGAUUUUUAGUUUAUGCUCUGUCUGCUGUUUAGGUUGUAUCCACACUCCAAUUAGUGUCACAGGAAGAACACAUCUCUACAUUUACAAUCCUUCAGGUAUGAGAGACUGUUCCCCUUAAUGAUUGCGAGUGUCCUGAAGAGAAUGCACAGGCCUGUAAUAGAGCAACCGGUAAGAGCACUUGAAUGGUUGUGUGGGUGGAUGCUGCUGAAUCAUCCCUCGCAUGAGGAGACACAGUAGCAGGUGGAGGGACGGGGGGGGGUAAAUGGACACCACCCUUCUGCUCUGCCCGAUCAAUAAUGCAUAUGCUGCACCAGAGAGAAGUCUGCCCAGGACAAUGAACUGUUUCUCAUGAGCUACAUCCACGACCCAGUGAAAUCAUCCACAAAGACCGCCACAUAACUCUCAAAAAGUGCUGCUGUGCGUCAGAGCCUCUUGUGUGAGGGUCUAUAAAAACAUGGGGGUGCUUGCCAGAGUGGACCCUUGUUCAGUAGCACAGAGUGCCCGGAUCACCAUGAGAGUGUUGACCAGCCUCGUCCCUCUGAUCCUCAUCGUGUGGAGUGGAAGUCAGACUGGAGCCCUGCCUGUUCGGGAGAAGCCACUAAGGAAUGAGAGUUUGGCAGAUGAGGAGAGGAUCCUGUUGUUGAAGAUACUGGCUGGGCUGACUGAGAAGAACCUGACCGAGGAGAACCUGACCGGCCACGACCUGGAGGGCCUUCUGAAUGGGACCCUGAAGGGGGGGUCUGUGCCGACUCCACAAGAACGCUCGCCCUGUAAGAACUUCUUCUGGAAGACCUUCUCUUCCUGCUGAUGGGGAAAAGAAAGGGUUAGAGAGGGUAGUGGUGGGUGCAUCGUGGCAGCCCAUCACCUGGGCAUCCCCCAAGGGGGAAGCACGUGACUAAUCAGCAUCUGCUGGAUUCCUUUGUCUUGUGUAGCUCUGUGCAUGGCCUUGCAGAACUUUUACGUUUUUUUUGCAUGGAUUUGGUCACAUUCAUAAUUGCCUAUGGUGAAACAGCAUCAAACUGCCAUCAUACAUAUGACUUGUGUAUAUAAUCAGUAAGAAUCUUUCUGUUGGAAGUUUAAAUUCCUUGUAUGGCUUAACUGAGAUUGGAUAAAAUGUAUCCCACAAACUGA